AUGGCAGAAGUCAAAGAAAAUUGGAAACCAGAGUGGAAACGAGACGUCGUGUACCUUCACGUGUUUCCUAGAACAAUGGCAAAAUGUGUACCAAACAUUUCUCCAUUCGCCAUGAAGUUAGAAAUGUGGUUGAGGAUGAACAAUGUACCUUAUCAGUGUUCUCUUCUGACCUGCUUAAACAGAUUCAUCAUUGAAUAUUUAUCAAAAUAUUUCAAGAAAAAUCCAUAUCCAGGAAUCAAUCCCGAGCAACAGGCAAUAGGAAGGUCAUUUCUGAAAAUGGCAGAGGAAAAUACUGUAUGGUCAAUAUUCUGGUAUCGGUACGUUGAACACAUGACAGAGUACAGAAAAUAUCUUACAUUUCAAGUACCUGAAGAGAUGCAAGAGAAGGUCGGAGCUGGCUUGUCAAGCAGCGUGAAAGAUCGGGCCUGGAAACAUGGGAUUGGUCGUCACAGCAGCAAAGAAAUUUAUAAACUAGGAAGCGACGAUAUCAGGGCUAUAUCGUCAUUCCUUGGAGAAAAGAAAUACUUUCUUGGCGAUACUCCAUCACUGGUUGACUGUACACUUUUUGGAGUUCUUUCCCAAGCAAUAUUCGUGCCACUAGAUUUUCCAAUGAAGGCAGUCAUAAAGGAGGAAUGCUCAAACAUACUGGAUUACAUUGAUAGACUUAAGACCGAAUUCUGGUCUCACUGGGAUGAUCAGCAAAUAUAG